UUCACACACUCACAGGAUAUGGAAAGACUUCAAUAACGAGCCAUUAAGUUCUAAUCGUGCGGAUCGAUCGGGCGUUAACAAGACGCUCUACAUAUGCAAAUGAGCGCGCUGGCCCAUUCCCUAUAAAGCCGAUCCCACGGGACUUGCUGCCACUCACUCACACACACACUUCCAUUGACACUUGUUGGGCACGUCACUAGCCAGGAACGAGAAUAUGGUGAAGUACUUUUCUGUGGAUUGGCUCGCCCGGAGCCACCACGACAAGGCGCUCGAGGAGAAAGAAGGGGCUGCAAUUGCGAUGGACAGUGUGGCCAACUGCAAGCCGCACAUUCCCUGCAUGGUGCAGCCGAGCCCGCCUGCCUACGGCAAAAGUUACGUGCAGCCCAAACCAAAGUCAUCCAAGCCUGCAGAGCCGAUGGAGACCACACGCUGCACAUCACCAAUUUCAGAAACAAGCGACUACUCGUCUGGCUACGAUAGUGAAGCCGCUUCCUCCGAGUGCAUAGACGAGGCGGAGGCUGCGGCGGCGGCGGCGGCCGGGAAAGACAGCGCUCAGCGUCGAGUGCGCACCAAAUUCACCCCGGAGCAAAUCAACAGACUGUUAAAGAUCUUCAACAAGCACAAGUACCUGGAUGCUGGCGAGAGGGUGAAGACAGCGCGCAAGCUGGGGCUAACUGAAACGCAGGUGAGGACCUGGUUCCAGAAUCGGAGGAUGAAACUCAAGCGGGAGGUGCAGGACCUCACUCCUCAAAUCCAACCGGUCAUGUUUCAACAUAUGCAUCCGAUUCAGUACCACGCCGUUUCUGGACAGCAAAGCCACUUCCCAGCAGCCGGAGCAGCAUUUUACCCCGUGGUCCCUCUGCCGCUGCCGCCGCCGCCGCCGCCGCCGCACCUGGUCCUGCAACAGCAGCAUAUGGCUCCUCACCCAGGGCCCCGUGUUAUGAUCCACAGCUCACAUUUCUACUAAGAGACUCUUCAAACACAUCCCACCCAAACACUUAAGUCUGUUUUCUUGCAUGAUUUCAUGCAAGACUUGUAUAUAAUUGCAGAAAAAAAAGUUUAUUUAACAGCCGAAUAAAAUGUAUCUUUGUAACGCA